CUUUACGUUGCGCGCGCUCUCGAGAGCAGAACGCGCAACAAGCGGAGCAGCGGAUGUGGAGAGAGAGAGAAGAAGAAGAAGACGAGCGAAGGACGGAUGCGAGGCGAUGCCAGGAGGAGGAAACCUCAUCUCUGCACGGUUUAUCCAGCUGUUGUAGAUUUGCAAUUUUUUUUUUCAUCCCGGCGGCAUUUUCUAACACGACCCCAGCCUUCCAUUUUCUUUUUUUUGUUGUUGUUGAAGAUCUGACUCAUAUUCCCCCAACAUCCGUCCUGAUGUGCUGCUGCGCCUCAUCACGAUUCUUCGAGGAUAUGCAAAGCGGCUGUCAUCCCGUCGACGUUAUUUCCCAUUAAAUGCAAGGAUGUGAUAUGGGACGCAUGUGAUGACAGACGACGCCCGGGCUCGAUGAUCGCCAGAGAUUGACGGAGCAGCUCGUGCUCCGUGCGUUAUUUUGCGCCUAACUAUCCGGCGCGGAGCGGGAGACAGGGUGGAGAGUACGGUGGGUGCGCGAGGGCGCGGGGAGACGGAAUGCGGAAGACGCAGUGAGCGAGGAGGAGGAGGAGGAGGGAAACCGGAGGAUCGACGGCUCUUUUAACGCAGCUGGUUGUGUGACGCCCAAACUCUUCCUGCCCAGCAUGGCUGUGUCGCUGUGGUUCCUCGGGGUGUGCGUGAUCACCCUGGCUCAUGUGGCGCCUUCAAGCCAAGCUAUGUCCCGGGCCGCCAUGCCGUUCGGGCUGCUGCGCAGGGAGCUGGCGUGUGAGGGUUACCCCAUAGAGCUGCGCUGCCCGGGGAGCGAUGUGGUCAUGGUGGAGACCGCCAACUACGGACGCACCGACGACAAGAUUUGUGACGCAGACCCGUUCCAGAUGGAGAACACGCAGUGUUACCUCCCUGACGCCCUCAAGAUUAUGGCCCAGAGGUGUAACAACAGGACUCAGUGUGUGGUGGUCGCGGGGGUCGACGUCUUCCCCGACCCCUGUCCUGGCACAUACAAGUACCUGGAGAUCCAGUACGAGUGCGUCCCUUACAAAGUGGACCAAAAAGUUUUCGUGUGUCCCGGCUCACUGCUCAGCAUCCAGCCGGCCUCCUCUCUCUUGGAGGCGGAGCAUCAGUCGGGGGCGUGGUGUAAGGACCCGCUUCAGGCGGGUGACAGGCUGUACGUCAUGCCGUGGACGCCAUACAGGACCGAGGUUCUGUACGAGUACGCCUCCUGGGGCGACUAUCGCCAAAACAGGGUCACCACCACCUAUAAGUUGCCCAGCCGCGUGGACGGUACAGGCUUUGUGGUGUAUGACGGCGCCGUCUUUUACAACAAGGAGCGGACGCGCAAUCUGGUCAAAUAUGACCUGCGGACACGCAUCAAGAGCGGGGAGGCAGUGGUGGUCAACGCCAACUACCACGACACCUCUCCUUACCGCUGGGGGGGGAAGUCAGACAUCGAUCUGGCAGUAGACGAGAACGGCCUCUGGGUGAUCUACUCUACUGAAGCCAAUAACGGACGCAUCGUGGUCAGCCAGGUGAACCCGUACACCCUGCGCUUUGAGGGAACGUGGGCGACCGGCUUCGACAAGCGCGGGGCCAGCAAUGCCUUCAUGGCCUGCGGGGUGCUCUACGCCGUGCGCUCCAUCUUCCAGGACGAUGAGGGGCAGGCCGAGGGCCGAGGUGGCAGCGACAUGGUGAUCUACGCCUACGACACCAGCCGGGGGCAGGAGCUGCCCGUUCAAAUACCGUUUCCCAACCCUUACCAGUACAUCUCCUCCAUCGACUACAACCCCAGAGACAACCAGCUGUAUGUGUGGAACAACUACUACGUGCUGAGAUACCCGCUGCAGUUUACGCCGCCACCGCCCACUAAAGGUCCUCUCUCGUCUCUGAUGACGACCGUCCGCUCCUACACGGCCACUGUCUCGUUGACCCCGGUGCGGCCGUCGGCCUCUCACCCCAUUGGCGUCAUCAACCGAGGACCCUUUGACCAGCGACCGAUCACAGCCAUGGUCCCUCUGACCCCACGCCCACCUCUGCGUGUCCCCUUGGCUCCCGGGGGCCCCGGUCAGGUGGGCGGAUGUGAGGGCCGGGUGGCGCGAGGGGUGCAGUGGCCGCCCACGCUGAAGGGCGAGAAUGUGGAGAGGCCGUGCCCAAAAGGGUCACUGGGUAUCGCUUCCUAUCAGUGCAUCCAGUCUCCGGUGGGCUGGAGCUCCAGAGGGCCUGACCUUUCCAACUGCACCUCUCCCUGGGUCAGCCAAAUUGCACAGAAGAUUAAGAGCGGAGAGAAUGCGGCCAACAUCGCCGGGGAGUUGGUCAACUUGACCCGGGGACGGAUCUACGCGGGUGAUGUCAGCAUGUCCGUCAAGCUGAUUGAACAGCUAUUGGACAUCCUAGACUCUCAGCUGCAGGCCUUGAGACCAGCCAAUAAAGAGUCAGCAGCGCGCAAUUACAACAAGCUGCAGAAGAGGGAACGCACAUGCAGAGCUUAUGUUCAGGCGGUUGUUCAGACGGUUGAUAACCUGUUGGGUCCUGAGGCUCUGGUGUCCUGGGCUGAUAUGAGCGGUGUUGACCAGUCCCGCUCAGCUUCGCUGCUAUUAGACGCAGUGGAGAAAGGAGCAUUUCUAUUGGCCAACAAUCUUUAUGAAGGCCGCUUCAGUGACAGGGCACCAAAUGUUGAUCUGGAGGUGUAUGUACUGAAUACGGAGGCGGACAUACAGGACCUGACGUUCCCUCACUCCUACGACAGCGACAGCAUCUUGCAGAUAUCAGCACUGGCUCUGCAACAGUACAGCAACAAUGGCCAGGUGAAGCUGGUCCUCUCCCUCUAUAAGAACCUGGGCUCCUUCCUGACCACCCAGAACUCCACCCUGCGCCUCGGAUUGGGGCUUGGCCAGGAAGCGGAGGCCAGGCGCCGGAGCCUGGUGGUCAACUCCCACGUCAUCUCCGCCUCGGUGCACAGAGGAUCCAACAGAGUGUACCUCUCCGAGCCGGUGAUCUUCACUCUCAGGCACCUGCUGCUGGAGAACCACUCUGGCCCCAACUGCUCUUUCUGGAACGGAACCGGGGCUUCUGGGAACGGCCGGUGGUCUACGCAGGGCUGCCGUCUGUUACACACUAACAACACACACACUACCUGUGCCUGCAACCACCUUUCCAGCUACGCCGUCCUCAUGACAUAUCAGCAACCUGCCUUCGGGGUGGGUGUAGAAGAGCUUCUCGUCUAUGUAGUUUCCUGGGUUGGCAUCUCUGUAGCGCUGGUGUGUUUGGCCACCUGCCUUACCACCCUGUGCUGCCAGGGGGCGCCGUGGCACACAGACCACAGCACCAUCCACUGCAACCUGUGGGCCAACCUGCUCGUCACUGAACUGCUGUUCCUCGUUGGUGCCAACAAGACGCAAUACACAGUGGUGUGCUCCAUCAUUGCCGGCCUGCUGCACUUCUCGCUGCUCUCAGUGUUUUGCUGGUUGUGUCUGGAGGGGGUGGAACUGUACUUGCUGCAGCGGGAGGUGUUUGAGGGACGUAACUCCAGGAGGAAGUAUUUCUACCUGUGUGGAUACUCCAUUCCUGGGCUGGUGGUGGCCGUCUCCGCAGCCAUUGACUUCAGAGGCUACGGCUCAAAAACUGCAUGUUGGCUUCGAACAGACAAUUACUUUAUCUGGAGUUUCCUUGGACCGGUUGGUGUCGUCAUUACGUUGAACCUGAUUGUCUUGGUGAUGACCUUACACAAGAUGCACAGUACUGCUGCUUUGAAGCCAGACUCCAGUCGCCAUGACAACCUGAGGGCGUGGGCGGUGGGCUCCCUGACGCUGCUCUUCCUGCAGAGCGUCACCUGGUCCUCUGGCCUGAUGUUCCUGUGCGCUCCGUCUCUCAUCCUGGCCUACCUCUUCUCCUCCCUGAACACCGCCCAGGGCCUCCUCAUCACCAUACUGCACUGCACCCUCGCCAGGAAGGGUCAGAAGGACUACGGCCGGUGCCUGCGCCUCUCGCAGUGCUGCGUCACCUCCUCCUCCAGCUCCCCGGACUCUGUGAAGGGUGCCGCCCUGCGCUCCAACAGCCGCUACACCAGCAGCCAGAGUCGCAGAGCGACUGCUAACCGACAGAGUCGUAUCAGGAGGAUGUGGAACGACACCGUUCGCAGACAGACUGAAUCGUCUUUCAUCGCUGCAGACGUUAACAACACACCCACUCUUAACCGAGCCGCUUUGGGGAAUCAUUUCCUGACAAACCCGGUGUUGCAGACUCAUGCCGGAGCCUCUCCAUAUGACACAAUGCUGACGCAGGGCUACAACCAACCCUUCGCCUCUACAGUAGGAACCUUCAGAACCAAACACAAAGGUGGAGUGUCCCAGAGCCAGGAGUCCUGUGGCUUGGACAGUGUGUGUCUCAAUGGAGGCUACACGCCCAACACCUUCACCCUGCACGGUCUGGGAACCACACCCGGAUCCCGAGCUGGAGUGGUGGGCAGCGCUGACCUUCUGCGGGAGGGAGGAGUCGGCAUGGGAGGUGAUGACAUCUCCCCGGCCCUCCUCACCCCACACGGGGCCACCGAUCUGGCCGGCGGCGGCGGUAUACGCCGUAACCUGUCUGACGCAGCUGCGCUGGAGAAGAUGAUCAUCUCGGAGCUGGUGCAGAGCAACCUGAGGCCCUCGGCCGCCAUGCCUGUUCCCCCCGAGCGCUACGGAAGCCUGGCCCGGCCGCAGCAUCACGACAGGGCGGCCCUCGCGCACACGGCCACUCUGACCCGACACGCGCAGCAGCCCCAAGAGGGCUGGGCUUCCACCAUGCAGCCAAACGCGCGCCACAAUGCACAGGAGGCCUGGGCGCACACGCGGCACCACACCACGGACGCCGAGACACAUUCCGCAGCGCGUGGGCAAGACCACGCCGCCGCACCGCGCCUGCAGGACGGCUGGUCACACCCUCGGGUUUCUGGAGACUCUGAGUCCCGUGAGCUGCUGAAAGACGGGGACAGGUCGCUGCAAGGCACUCUGAGUCGUCGCGGGCUGCAGGACAGGCAGCAGGUGCGCCCCCCUGAUGUUCAGGCGCGGCCCUACUCCACCCUCAGCCGCACGCCCGGCACCCUAUCGCGGCACCGCGGCACGGGCGACCCGAGCGUAGCGGGCGACAGAGAGCGAGAGAGGGACAGGGAGAGGGAGAGAGACAGGGAGCGUUACCGGGACAGGCCCCUCCCGCCUCCUCCUCCCCCUCCUCCUCAAGAGUCUGAGUCCCUUUACAAGGCUCUGGAAGAGCCCCUGCUGAUGAAACAGAGGGAGGCAGGUGUAGAAGCAUGGAGAUGUGGCCAAGACAGAGAGAAGGACGAGACGUUUCUCCUAAAAAGAGAAGAAAUGAUGGACGAAUGGAGGGCAGGAAACGAGAGAGGGAGGGACGAGUCUUUUACCUCUCAGGCAAGAGAUGAAGAGAUGGACGAAUGGAGGGCUGGAAUGGAGAGAGGGAGGGAGGAAUCUCAUCUGCUGGAGAUGAGAAGUGGAAGGAUGGAAGUGUGGCGCGGGGAGACAAACCAGCAAGAGACUUUUAUAACACAGAAGAACGACUUUGGGAUUGAUGGAUGGAGAGGUGGGAUGGACAGAGAAAAAGACGAAUCCUUGUUUUUAAAGGACAGGGAUGGGUGGAGAGCGGGGAUCGAACGAGAGAGUGAGAAACAGAAGGAUCGAGCGCUGGAUGUGUGGAGAGGAGGAAUGGAUAUAGACAGGGACGAAUCUUUCCUGUUCGAGAGCAAAGACGGCGGUCUCGACGGGAGGAAAAGAGGGAAAGAUAGAGGGUCUCUUCGGUAUCACGGCGAACGGGAAGAUUCUGACAGCUUCGCUCUACCUUUGACCCCUGACCUCGACCUCGACACUGACUCCUCACCUAUCUACGCUCAAGAUCUAAACCCCUCCCCACUCUACCCAGGAGAGCGACGCUCGCCUCCCCUCGGCAUCUUCCCCCGAAGCUCCCCGCCAACGAACAUCUUCGCCCCGCGAGAAACUAACUCGCCUCCAAACAAUCUCUACUCGCGCCACUCCCCCCAGGUGUACAGCCGGAGCAGCUCCCCGCCGCGCUUCUACACACGCACCUCCCCUCCGACCCUCUCGUACCCGGACAGCAGCCCGGAAGGUCCAGAAGAGGUCAGCAGCCCCGUUGGGCAGCCUCAGCGGCCGGCCCUGGAGCUGCCCUACAGCCUGGGCCGACCCCCGCUGGGCCCACGGCCCAAUCACCUGCAGACCUUCUACCAGCCUCCGCCGCUGGCGUCCAACGGGGAGGCAGCGUACUCAGCGGAGCCCACGUCGGAGGGAGAGGACGGACAGAUGCAGCGGGUGACCAGCCUGUGACUAGGGCGGUGGUGAUCGGGGCAUAGAAACCAGGGACGAGGAGGAAGACGGUGGUUAUAACAAAUAUAGAAGAUCUAGCGGAGGGGAAAGCACGACGACGACAAAGAGGAUAAUGAUGAUGGAUGAUGACGGCAGUGACGACGACAGCGAUGGCUCCUCCCUGCUUCUAUCUCCCGAUCACCACGAGACUUCCCCCUUUUCAUGUUUUGUUACUUUUCUAUGACUGUGAUCCAUUCAUAACUCUUCCUGUGCCACUUCCUCUCUUUACCUCCUCUUUCCUAAAAACCCUUCUGUGUCUUCCCGCCUCAUAGGUGCUUAACCUUAUCGUCCUGAGUUCCUAUUGGUUUGUCGGCUGCGUGUUUCCCUUCUCUGUAGCAAGCAAACAGUGUGUCAAAGAAAAGCACUUGUGUGUUGCCAAAAAAUCCUUUCAAAGAACAUGUGCAUGACUUUAUAGUGGCUUUACCAGGCUACAAACCGUAGGAGGAAAGUGCUGAAGAGUAUGCGUGUGAGCAGGUGUGUGUGAAUAGCUUGAUGAGCAUGUGUGUGUGCGUAAGGACGAGCGAGUGCGUGUAUAUACAUCAUUCUUGUAUAAUUAAUGUAUCACAGUGAAGCAUUUUAUCGAUAUCAACUGGGGGGCCUCUUACACGCGUCCCCUCCUACUGAUUUUGAACUCUUGACCGAUCCCAUUUCACAUCAAGCGCACCCCACCAGCCCUCCCUGUUGGUGAUGGAAGUCGUUGCCAUGGAGCCUGUCAUAGCGUCAGAACUAUUGACUCCUGAGCCAGAGAUCAUAUGAAACCUCAGAACUUUUCUGCACCCCCCCUGAGAUCCUUGUAAAUAUCGACCUCAAGUGUUCUGAUUGUCUUGUAUUGCUAUUGAAGUUCAAGUAAACAUGUGAAAUUAAUGUUACAGUCUUUCUCUUUGUGAGGAUGUACAGAGAGAACGAGGUUUUCAAGAAGGACAAAUGUAAAUGUGCAGUGGGGCGAAAUACUGUUGACGCGUAUAAUGAAAAGAAAGUUUAACAGAUUAAAAAAAAAUGCCUUUA